AUACUGGGGUGAGAAUAGUUGCUGAUGCUAGUAAACGGCGUGGUGUGGGACGCCCAAAGUCGUCUCGAUACCCUAAUGAGAUGGAUUCGAGUGCUCGACGCAGUGUCAAUGUAAAAUCAUGUAGCAUUUGUCGACGUCAAGGGCAUAAUAAGAAAACUUGUGCAGCUAGGGGUGGUGUUGGAUCAUCGGGGUCUCAUGGAGCCGACGAUCCAUCCCGGCCCACGUGAUACUUCGGUUUUGACGUUGCAGGCGGAGCAUAGGAGUGAGGAUGUUUGGGGAGGGGGUAUGGACAGGCUUUUGACGUGUCGGGAGCACGUGCUUGGUUUAGGAGAGUGGGUGAUACAUGAUCGAGUCUUGGAGUUUGUUAGAUUAGCAGGGUUCUAUGGUGUACAUAGAUUGGUUGGUGGUGGAUUAGCCUUAGAUAGGUCUUUGAUCACAGCAUUGAUUGAGAGAUGGAGACAGGAGACGCACACUUUUCAUUUGGCUGUUGGUGAGGCUACUAUUACUCUGCAGGAUGUCGCUGUUUUGUUGGGGCUCAGAGUUCAUGGGGCUCCUGUCACAGGGGAUGGUACUGGGGUGUGGUCAGCUUUAGUCGAGGAGUUGUUAGGGAUACGACCAGAGCCUGGUGAUGAUGGAAAACCUGUUCUCCAGGGUUCAUCAUUGAGGAUGACUUGGUUGAGGCGACACUUCAGUCAGGGCCCCCCUGAUGACGCUGCUGAUAUUGUUUAUGAGAGGUUUAGCCGAGCAUAUAUUCUUGCACUUAUGGGGUCCAUUUUGUUUGCUGAUAAGAGCGGUGAUGCCGUGCAGCUCGUCUACUUGCCAUUGAUACGCGACUUGCGUAGAGCUGGGACAUACAGCUGGGGGAGUGCGACCCUUGCUUAUUUGUAUCGACAGAUGUGUCGAGCCGCUCGUAGACGAUCCCGUGACAUUGGUGGUCCACUUAUACUUCUGCAGUUAUGGUCAUGGGAGCAUAUUCACAUUGGUCGUCCGAGGAUUUCGAGAGUUCGCGAUGCUCCACCUCCUGACCCAGAGCAUCCUAUUGAGGUCGACGAUCCAUCUAUUCUUGGUACUCAGCAUCAGCGUGGAGUGGACCCCUUAGCAUGCAGUUGGCUUAGGGUUCACUUUUCAUGUGGCCAUACAGCUAGUGGACUCUCUUUCUUUAGGGAUGCACUUGACCAUCAAAAGGAGACACAGAUGACUUGGCAGCCAUAUUCAGAGACGGUACUUGGUUUACUACCCGAGAUUUGUAGAUGUGAUAGAGAUAUAUGGCGCUCAGUUGUACCGUUGAUUUGCUUUGACAUUGUUGAGUACCACUACCCAAAUCGAGUGAUGCGUCAGUUUGGAUUGGAACAGUCAGUUCCCGUUGCGUGUGACACGAGUGUUGAUCUUCAUAAUGUGGAUCGACGGCAUAAAAACAAGAAGUUUGAAGAGAUGCAUCGCAAAUAUGUGGAGGAGUGGCGUGAUCGUGAGAGUCGGAUUGUUCAAGGCACUCCUUUUGCCGGUCAUCGUGAGAGGAUGAAGGAGUAUAUGGAUUGGUAUUGUAGCAUCACGAGACUCCUCAUUACUCCUGUUACACGAUCACCCCCCACCACUCAUUAUCAGCCGUCUUCCUCUGAUAUUAUUUUGUCACAUGCAUUGGCUGAUCUUGCCUCAAGAUGCACUCGAGCUGUGGAUUCUGCGUUAGAGUUACCUCCCAGUUUGGCCCUUCCUCUCACUCUUGAUACGUUACGCAAUUUGAGUUCCUCUUGCAUUGAGACCUUAUCAAGAGUGGGGCAAGAACAUAUCCUCCAACAAUAUGAUUUAGCCUCGUCUCAGUGUACACCCGACACCUCCACCUCACAUGUUUCUCGAGGGCGUGGUUUUCGACCACCACGUGCACGCCCUCCACCACUUACUCCUCCUCUACGCCCUCUAGCACUUACUUCUCCACACCCUCCACCACCACCUUCUCCACGCCCUCCACCACCACCUUCUCCACGCCCUCCACCUCUUACUCCUCCUGCAUCUCCGCCAGCAUCACAAGUUAUUUCAUCUCCUCCUUUGCAGCUUCUCACUUACCGACGACAAAAGGGUUGCUCUCCUAGUCAACGUCCCGAGCCAAUUGCCGAGGAGGAUGAGUCCUCAUUUUCAUCGUCCGAGCAUUCAAAGAAACAACGUAGAACUUAGAUUUGAGCUACAUUAGAAAUUUUGUGUAAUCUUUUGUUCUUUUUGCUAGUAUUGGAACUUUUAGAACUUUUAGAAACUCAUGUGUCAUUAUUGGAACGAUUGAACUUUUGGAAAUUUUUUGUUUGCACUCUUC